AUGAUGACACGCGAACAGGGACUCCGCGAUUGCCUCACUGAUCCGUACACGGAAUUUUUUGCAAAGGAAUCGCUUCAACAUAUAAUGGAUCCGCAUCAGAUUCACUUCAAUGUUUCUACUACUGGUGGCAGUAAGAAACUUUAUGAGGAUGAUCACCACGCCUCAUUUCAGUGCACUGCUCCGCUAUUUGAACUACCUCACAGUAAUCCGAUGAAUGUUUUGUUGUACGAUAUGCCUCCGAUGCGCAUGUAUCCCUCAUCUUCCCGAAGCGAGCUCGAAGCGAACACAUCCACUCAUCUACCCGCUGUGUUCCCUAUUCCCUCAGCAACCUAUCUUCACCAAUCACAUUCUCCCAGCGAGUAUAUUCCGAAUGGUUACUCACCUCCUCCACAGGAUCCAGUUUAUGCACCUAAGCCGUCAUUUCAACACCUCAAUCCACAGAUUAAACCAAAGAAACGUAUUCAGGCAGUACCUUGUCAUUCGAAUUCCGUUUGCGCUAAUUGCAAAACGACAGAGACAACAUUAUGGCGAAGGGCAAAAACAGGCGAAAUCGAGUGCAACGCAUGCAACUUGUACUUCCGUAAAAAUAACACAAAAAGACCGAUGUCAUUAUGCAAGGAUACGAUAAUGAAGAGGAAUCGAAAGCCACGAGUGGACGCGUCAGCCACGAAGCAUUCGGCCGUUUCUGGAUGA